AGUAUGAUUUAUAGUACACUAUCACAUUUGUAUUUUUCACAAAUGGUGAAACCAUUGUAGUUAAGUGGUUUCUUUGUUUCAGUCAUAUAUAUUCGAUUGAACAUUUUUUUCUCUCUUCGAUUUUGCAGAAACGAUCACUUCAAAUCGUAAUUAUGGGCGUCAAAAAUCUUGAAACGUUCCUUCACAACCACCCAGAAUGCUAUACUCCGGUGAAUAUGGACGAGCUUGCCGUUGAGUACAAAAGGAAAAAUAAAAGAAAUCCUGUGCUAAUAUGGGAUAUAGGUUCGUGUUAUACAUGGCUGUAUAACAACAAAUGUUGGGUGCUCGGUGGGCAGCUGAAAGAGUUCACCCAUGUUCUCGAGUCGUUCAUCCAAAAAGUCAAGGCUGCAGGUAUCAAGCUUAUAGUUUUCAACGGUGGCCACAUCCAAACAGAAAAGCUGAAAAAAAAUAUUUCACUCAAGAAAGAAAGAGUGUCAUAUCUAAAUGAAGUCUAUAACUUUCUAUGGGGAAAUCGGCAAAACGACCAGGUUCUAUUAAAAUAUUUCAACUUUCUCCCUUCCAACAUUAAUGAAGUCAAAGUAGAUACCUUCAGCAAAUGUAAUUCAAGCAACAUUUACAUGUGA